UCGGUUUUCUUUCCUCUAGCAUCCGAGCUGGGAGUCUGUAAGUUUAAAAAAAAUGCGCAAAUUAAAGUAGAUAUGAAAAAGAAAAUUAACUAAAAGGGUGAAACAAAGCAGUUAGCGAUUAUUCUAUAAUGUCUUUAGAGGAAAUGUUUUUCUCUGUCUCUGAGGAAAAGUCUUUUUCCAAUGAGUCGUGGGAUCCACUGAGUCUCCGGGGCUCUCCGGACGCACAGCUGUGGCACGAGGGAGUCGCGAUCGCAACCGCAUACGCACUGAUUAUCGUAGUAGGUCUUGUGGGCAACGUGACGCUCAUUCGCAUUUUCUGCUCUGUCAAGUCCAUGCGCAACGUCCCCAACCUGUUCCUGUGCAGCCUGGCGCUCGGCGACGUGCUGCUGCUCGUUACGUGCGCGCCCGUGGACGCCAGCCGGUUCCUAGCCGACGCGUGGCUCUUCGGAAGGACAGGAUGCAAACUGAUCCCGUUUAUCCAGCUCACGUCCGUCGGCGUGUCGGUAUUCACCCUCACCGCUCUGGCAGCCGACAGAUAUAAAGCCAUUGUGAAGCCCAUGGACAUCCCAACAUCCCACGCUACAGCUAAGAUUUGUUUAAAAGCUUCUGCUAUUUGGCUCUUGUCCGUGGUUCUGGCCAUCCCAGAAGCCAUUUUCUCUGACCUGCAUACCUUUCACAUCACACAGACCAAUGAAACCCUCAUAACAUGUGCCCCAUAUCCCCAUACAGGAGACCUGCACCCAAAAAUCCACUCUAUGGCUUCUUUUCUUAUAUUCUACAUAAUCCCCCUUUUCAUCAUUUCUGUGUACUACUUCUUCAUUGCCAAGAGCCUGAUUAGGAGCACAAUUAAUUUGCCAGUCGAGGGAAAGAUUCCUAUUAGGAGACAGAUGGAGUCUAGGAAGCGGCUGGCUAAGAUGGUGCUGGUGUUCGUUGGCCUCUUUGCCAUCUGCUGGCUCCCCAGCCACAUAAUUUACCUGUAUCGUUCUUACCACUAUUCUGAAGUGGACACGUCAACAUUGCACUUUGUAACCAGUGUGGUUGCCCGCAUCCUGGCCUUCACCAACUCGUGCGUCAACCCGUUUGCUCUCUACCUGCUGAGCAAGAGCUUCCAGAAGCAGUUUAACAAACAUAUGUGCUGCUGCUGCCCUCCUUUGCUACUGCACAUACAAAGUACAGUUCGUGGCAACACACACAUGAGUUCACUCAAAAGCACACAGAAUCACACCAUCGCAAGCUUCAGUCUCAUUAAUGGCAACCAUGGCUGUCAUGAGGGCUCUGUGUCUGCUUUGAAAGAGUAGUAAUUUUUUCUUCUUUUUCGCUGUUUACGAAUGGUCAGUUUUCUUCUUGGUUGCUGCUGUAAUGUACUGUAUUAUUUUCUUGAAUAGGUGUUGUGUUUAACAGUCUGCAAAUAGGCAUCAAUUUCCCACUUUAUAGUGCACUGAAGCGGGAAAGCUAUUCGGCCCACAUUUCUACCACACUGGGUUUGAGCAUAGUUUUCCUGAAUUAUCAGUGACAUUUGACAAGUCUGUGCUGCUUAGUGCUGGAUUGGCGUUGGAAGAAAUUAACAUCUGCUCCAAUAUACACAGUAAAAUGUGCAGUUGGUGAAAUAGUUUCCAUGUGUGGUCCUGUAGUAGACGUUAAUGAACAGUCAAAGUGUUUACAUUCAGUGUUUCCGUAAUGUUUAAAGUGUUUUUAAUCAUUUUUAUUAUUUUGGAUUUAAAUGCUGUAAUUGGUGUCUUGGUGUGUUAAUGCAUUAUGUUAAUGAACCAAACAUAAGCCUGUUAUUUUGGUUGGUCUGUGUAAAUUAAUGCUGUAAAAUAUUCUGUAGGGUAAAACUGUGUACAUGUGUACCUACUACAAAUUCUUCCAACAGGUACUAAUCUUUCUUUCAGAGACAUAUUGAUUUGUACAGACUUCAGAUUUAGUUUGUGCCAAGCAAUGCACAACGUACCAUGUUUAAGAGGUGUAGUUAUACUGUUGUCUCAGUUUGAGUAAUAAUGAGUUACAGCAUUGGUGCCUGAGCUGUACCUGCUUCUGUGUGCUAGCAGCAGUGUCUCGUACAUUAAUGUUUGAGUGGAAGUGCAUCAUUUUGCUUAUUUUGUGUAUUUUGUGGCUUAUUUAAGGUUACACUUAAACAAAAUAAAAGCAAAAAUAAAACAAGAAAUAAAAAAUAUAAAAAAACAUGCUGGUUUUCAUGGGACUCUGAUGUUGUAUCAGUGUA